AUGGUUGUGAAAUACCAAGAUUUCAGUUAUCCAACACUCCAAUUGUCAUCAGCACUAUAUGCCGUAGCAAAACUGGGAAUCGCAGAGAAACUUGGAUUCGAUUUGGAAUGCAAGAAAAAGGUUUCCGAUAUUGCAAAGGAUUUAGGUGCCAAUGCUGAUUAUCUCUUUCGUACUAUGCACUUCCUUGCGGUCAAUGGUUGCUUCAUCGAGGUUCCAAAUGAAGAGGGUGUCUUUAAACAUAAUGACAUUUCACUGGCUUUGGUCGAUCCAAGUAUCCGAGCGGAAACACUCUUGAUCAAUGGUGUGUGUCAUUAUCGUUCGUUUGAAACUCUUGAUGAAACCAUCCUAACUGGUAAAUGUCAAAGUGGUAAAGCUCUCAACUCCAAAGAUGUAUGGGAUUUCUAUGCAAAGAAUCCAGACAAAGAAGUUGACUUUGCCAGAGCAAUGACAGCUAAAACCAAGAGACUAGCUCCAAUCCUUGCGACACUAGGUGACUACUCAGAUUUUGAUACGGUUUGUGAUAUUGGUGGAUCACAAGGAAUUUUGAUUUCAGAGAUUCUUUCAAAAAAUCCAAACGUAAAGAAAGGUAUCAAUUUUGACUUGGCUGCAGUACUUGGUAAUAUUAAAUCUGAAGAUAGAGUGCAUCCAGUUGAUCAUAGAUAUUCAGAAUGUCCAGGUGAUUUCUUUGUAAGGGUACCAGCUGCUGACUGCUAUAUUCUAAAGAUGAUUCUACACGAUUGGGAUGAUAACAAAUCUAAAGAGAUAUUAAACACAAUAGGCAAAUCAAUGAAUAAUAAUGGUAGAGUACAUAUCAUUGAAUUGAUUAGAGAUAAUCAAAAUCCAAUAGAUGAAAAAUAUUUGGCAUCUAUGGAUCUCUAUAUGUUACAACUAUUUGGAGCAAAAGAAAGAUCAUUGAAACAAUGGGAAGAAUUAUUAAAAGAUACUCCUUUUGUAAUUGAUCAUGUUAAAAACUCAGCUAUCCCGCAUGGUCCAAAUAUCAUUGUUUUGCGUAAAAAAUAA